AUGCAGGUCGAGUCGCUCACAGUUGGAACGCGGGUCGCUCCCAUCGUGGCUACAACAACAGUGAUCACAACUCUGAUCACGUGCGUAUCGCUCGCUAAGACCAAGGAAAUCUACCUCGGUGGACUGGCGUGGCCUUAUUUCUCCGACACAGGCAGAGAUGCACCAGGCUACUCUGUGUUUUGUGCUGGGCUGACGAUCGUGGCGAUCGCUCUCAUAUUGACGUGGGUUGCCAACUACCAAUUUCAACGGGAAAUUGUCGACAAAGCGAGUCAAGACAACUGGAAGCUCAUUCGAAAAUACUGCGAGCUCGUGCGAGUGUUGGGCGUGUGUUCGGCAUUUGGGCUGCCGGUACUCGCGUUCUUCAGCACUACGAGUUAUCCUGAUGUCCAUAAGUAUGCGGCGUAUUGGUUCUUCGUGUUAGAGGCCGUCGCGUUGGUGCUCAAUCUGUUGCUGCUGCAGACCAUUGUGAGCCUCAAGCUUUCUCGUCUAACUGCAGACACUUCUUACUACAUGCCGGAGUCUGAGGAACAACCGACAAAGAACGUGUCCAAUCCGUGGAACGAAUCGAACUCGAACGCAAAGCGCACAUUCUACAUUCAAUUGGUCUUCACGACACUAUUCUGGAUCGGAUUCCUUCUUUACAUCCCGGUUGGUCUUGCGCUUAUUGAUGAAUUCCAGCGGCUCAGUAUUAAAGACUGUUUGGAUCUCAACCUGGGCGAAAAGUACUGUACCGACACUAUGAAACUCAACGAUACCGACACUGUGCUGUGGAACUACGACAAUGCACACGGACUCAAUCAGAUGCGCUCUGCAAGUCAGUUGACCUGCAUUCUCACCCUGGUUGGGUACUCCAUGUCGUUCCUCUCACACGGCAGUGCUUCGUUACAAGACGAUGACGAUAACGUCUAG